UCACUCGUCCGAACCUCAACCAGCUGCUAUAUUCAAGUUCGAACACAUCGCGAUCACAGCCCGGCCGUGAUCUUUUUUUCUCUCAUAUUCCCCAAGUUGGAUCACUUCCGAGUGAUCCGUCAACACCGUCAAGACGUUUUCCAAUCAUUUGAACUCGUCGCACCACCCGUUCAACGGUAGCCGCUGCUCUGCCCGUGGAGGAGCAGCAGCAGAUUACGCCAAAACAAGAUAAAUUAGGCCAUAUAUCAGAACUCUCCUUCAUCCUACGGCACUCUUUGGCCUUAUUUUUUUUCUGACAACAUGGCACCUCACGCGGAAAUCGGCACUGCCAACGGCAACAGCAACGGCACCAUGAACGGGUACGGCGCCCACGAGUCCAACAAAUCGCACCAGGAUCUGUUUACUGUUAACUCUGCCAAUGUGGUCUACACCGAUGACCACAUCAAGAGCAAAUACGUCUACCACACCACGGCGGUGACCAAGUCCGCCGAUGGAAAGUUGACGGCAUCCCCCAAAGAAACUGUCUACGACUUCAAGGUGGACCGCAAGGUUCCCAAGGUCGGCAUGAUGUUGGUAGGCUGGGGUGGCAAUAACGGUUCCACCGUCACUGCCGGUAUCAUUGCGAAUCGACGAGGACUUGUCUGGGACACUCGCGAAGGUCCACGUGCUGCCAACUACUAUGGUUCCGUGGUUAUGGGCUCGACCAUCAGAUUGGGGACUGAAGCAAAGACCGGAGAGGAGAUCAACAUUCCUUUUCACAAUGUCUUGCCCAUGGUCCACCCCAACGACAUUGUCAUUGGCGGCUGGGAUAUCAGCAGCAUGAACAUUGCCGCAGCCAUGGACCGUGCCCAAGUCUUGGAACCGACCUUGAAAGCUCAGGUGUACAAGGAGAUGGCACUCAUGAAGCCUCUGCCUAGCAUUUAUUACCCGGACUUCAUCGCGGCGAACCAGGAAGACCGUGCAGACAAUGUGUUGCCGGGUAAGAAAGCUAGCAUGGCCCAUGUUGAACAGCUCAGAAAGGACAUUAGAAACUUCAAAGCGCAAAACAACCUCGACAAAGUCAUUGUUCUAUGGACCGCCAACACGGAGCGUUAUGCCGACAUCAUCCCCGGCGUCAACGACACCGCCGAGAACCUAUUGAAGGCCAUUGAACAGGGCCACGAGGAAGUCUCGCCGUCGACUGUCUUUGCCGUGGCAUGUGUGUUGGAAGACGCACCCUUCAUCAACGGAUCUCCGCAGAACACGUUUGUCCCUGGUGCCAUUGACCUUGCCGAGAAGCAUGGAUCGUUCAUUGGCGGCGACGACUUCAAGUCCGGCCAAACAAAAAUGAAGUCUGCACUCGUAGACUUCCUGAUCAACGCAGGGAUCAAGUUGACUUCGAUUGCCAGCUACAACCAUCUCGGCAACAACGACGGCAAGAACUUGAGCUCGCAGAAGCAGUUCCGCUCGAAAGAGAUUUCAAAGUCCAAUGUCGUCGAUGACAUGGUUGCCGCCAAUACCGUCUUGUACGCCAAGGACGAACAUCCCGAUCAUACCGUCGUUAUCAAGUACAUGCCCGCCGUGGGCGACAACAAGCGUGCCUUGGACGAAUACUAUGCCGAGAUCUUCAUGGGCGGUCACCAGACAAUUAGUAUCUUCAAUGUCUGCGAGGACUCGUUGCUGGCGUCGCCCCUGAUUAUUGAUCUCGUGCUUGUCGCCGAGAUGAUGACCCGGAUUCAGUGGAAGACUGAGGAUGCCGCUGAGUAUAAGGGGUUCCAUAGUGUUCUCAGCGUGUUGAGUUAUAUGUUGAAGGCACCACUCACGCCCCCCGGCACUCCUGUCGUCAACUCUCUCGCCAAACAGCGCGCCGCCCUGACAAACAUCUUCCGCGCCUGUGUCGGUCUCCAGCCUGAAUCUGACAUGACUCUCGAGCACAAGUUGUUCUAA